AUGGCGAACAACAGCGAGGUCUGGGUCCAGUGGUUCACCUGUUGCCUGACGCACCAAGGACGCAGCUCAAGGAGUCAAGGCCGGCGCCAGAAUGAAGCCAAGGGGAGACAGAGGCAGCGGCUCAGAAUCGACAGGAGCAUGAUUGGGGCGCCGAUGAACUUUCAGCACACCGGACACAUCGGCAGCGGAGACUUGGACAUGGAGAGCGCGCAUUUGCAUGCUGAGAACCUGGUUAGUAUUGAAAGAGUCUAA